AUGAUUUCAUUUUUACCAUCGAAGAAACUAAUCGGUUAUUGCCUUUGUAAAGAUAUAAAAGUGAAAAUUGAUCGAGAAUCAUUAACUGAUAAAUCAAAUGAAAUUCUCUUAUGCCAUUGCUCAAAAUGUCAACGUGGUGGUGCUGGAUUAGCAUCAUUAGAUCUAAUGUCGCUCAAUGGAAAAGUGACUCUCAUCGAUGAGAAAUCAUUAAUUGCAAAAUAUGAUGAUACUGAUACAAAGUCAAACGUUAUUUUUGUAGUAAAUGUGGUAGUCCUAUCUAUUCGAAAGCACCGAAAAGUAAACCAAACAUUACUGUUGUUAAAUUAA